AAACAGAAACAGUCUAUGAUGCAAGAAAAUGAAAAAAAAAAAAAGAAAGUAUAUAAUUUAUGAUUACAAAUCAUGCAUUUCCAUACCAAAAAGAAAGCCAAAAAAAAAGGUACCCAUAAUUCUUUAUAUAAACAAACACCUUCAAGCUGAUUGGCCCAAGGCAAGUGGCAAAGAAAAUGACUCAAAAAGAGAGAAUCAUAUCAUCCAUUCAGUGAAAGAAACUCAAAAAGAGCAGCAACCCUUUUGAGCUGAUUCCUCCAUGGAUCCAAGAAUUUCGUUUUCAAAUGAUUUUGUAGAGACACAGCUGCCAUUGAAGCUUGAGAACAUCUACAGGGAAGCACCUGUUUCAUCUGAUUUUGAGUUCAGUGUUAAGGACAGAUGUAUGAUUGCAGCAGAUGAGAUUUUCUGUCAGGGGAGGCUGCUGCCAUUGAAGGACAGUUCAAGGAACCUUUUGGUGAAGACAACAUUAAGAGAUGAGUUGCAAGUGAAUGAAGAUGAUGAUGAAGAAGAAGAUGUUUCAUUUCCAAAGCUAACAAAAACUUACUGGAAGGAGAAGUUUGGGUUCAGAAGAUCCCAUUUUGUUUCCAAAAAACAGCAUAGAAAUGAAGGGGUUUUGAAAACUGUGGAAGAGGAAGACAAAAGCUCUGUUUUUCUUCAUGAGGAUCUCAUAAAUAUUGCAAGAAAAAAUGGGAACUGUUACUUGAAGAAAGCAACCUCACAGAGAGGAUGAUCAUAACUAAUGUAAAGCAGAAGAUUACAAGUUUUUUUGUUCAAAAGUGUUGUGAUUUUCAAGCAAGAAGCUUGUUGGGGGGAACUGGUUCAGAAACAGAGAGGCUUUUGCUUUUCCUUUUCCAUCACUUUUCUUAGGAACUCUAACUUUCUCUUUUAUUUGUAUAAAAAAAAAAGCCUUAGAGAUUUGAUAAUGUCUUAUUUACUUGAUGGAUUUUGUUAUAAUACAUCAUCUCUCUCUUCUCUUUC